CGAUUUCGACAAGAGGUCUGAUUCACACCCGCUGCACUUUUGUGAAGAGCCUCUGGCCGAGUGGAAUGGCGGUGCGGCAAGUCGUGUGGCCUCUUUGUACAUCGAAAGCGCAGUGCUUAUAGGCGACAAGUCGCGUGGCCUCGAUUUCGACAAGAGGUCCGCUGCACUUUUGUGGAGAGCCGCUGGCCGAGUGGAAUCGGGGGGGUUGUGAAAUUUCCUGCCAGCCUUUGUUGUCUGAUACUACGGAGGAGUUUGACAUCCUGUGGAUGGAUGAUGGUGGUGGGAGGGUGGGUGGUGGGUGGUGGAGGUGGUGGUAGUCAAUGGAGCUGAAUGGAUGAAUCUUGUGCAUACUACGGCAUCUGUUCGUUCCAGAAAUUCAAAACUAGUACACCGAUGUAAAUACUUUUCACAUUGGCAUCAUGGUUGUCCCGGGGGCGGGUCAGUUUAUGCAUGAGGGUUACCCGAGAGUUAACGAGGGUUACCUGAGGGUUAACCGGGAAGGGUACUUUUAGGCAGGACGUCUGUCCCCGUCAUGUGGUGGGUAGGGGGCAGGGGGAGGGAGAAUGAGAUGAUGCAGGUGUUCGGGGGGGGGAAACUAGAAAGGAGAAAGGAUAGUGUAGGCAGGGACUUGUUCUUCCCUUGCCAUUCGUCAGUCAGGUGAUUGAUUGUUGUUUGCCGUCUUCUUUCAAUGUCGGUUGUUUCAAAUUCAAUAGUUGUUGUGCAUUUGUAGAUGUCUGAUCGGUUCAUUUCUUUCAGUCAAAUCCGACGAUUGGCUCGUCUUUUCCUUUUCCAGCAGUUGAGUCGACUCUCUCCUGCUCCCGGGUAGGACGAUCGAUUGAUAGGGUGAUUCAGGGGCGUACUCGCACUAGCACCGCCGUAAAUGUAUCUGAUGCAUUUGCGCCUGGAACUGGAUGUAUCUGGCCACAAUUACGUCCAGAAAUAAGGAAAAAAAGUCCUCGUGUGUGUAUAUGCCCUCUCAUUGUAGUUUAUAGUCGUAUAGAGAAAAAAAGCAGCUUUUUCAAAGAUUGGUCGGGGUCGGUCAGGAGGUUCGAUUCGUUGUUCCUUAGUGUCUUGUGUGUCUAGUAGGUUCUUCUUCUGUGUCUAGUCUUUUCGUCAGAUCGGGUUCGCCUUUGACAGAAAGGGGUCCGUACGUGACACGGAAAUUGUACCUUGUGCAUUCAUUCAGCCUUCUAUAUUUAGUACGUUCAAUGGACCUGGAUUCUUUCAACUUCUUUAUCAAAAAAUUGUUUGAUUAAAGAGACAAAUAUCUGUGCAUUGUGUAAAAAACUAAUUCGAAAUCGGAAAAAAGGGUACGACUCGGGUGCGCACUGUCUCGUUGUGAAGCAAUCCGCAAUCCGCAAUCCGCAUCCGCAUUCGCAAAUGCGGUGUGUGUAACACACGCCGGCCGGGAACUGUCACGGUUCUCUCUUUGCAGCUCAGUCAAAAAGUUAACCUGAAGUCAACGCCGUGCUUUGCCUUUUGGUUCUUCUUUCGACUUCUUCGUUGAUAACUCUUCGUCAUUCUUCGAGUGAAGACUAUGGAGAGUAUGUAUAGUCACUGUGAUGGUUUCGGAUUUGGUUUCGGAUAUGGUUUCAAAGAAUUUGAAGUUCGAACGUUCACGGAACAUCUCUAAGAUGCUGGACGGAUCAGCCGGCUCUGCAUUUGCCUCUUUCCGUCUUGUGUGUCGUCGGGUGAUUGCUCGUAAUGUGAGCUAUAUCUCGCAUAAUAAUCAUAAUGAGAGUUUGCUUCUUUUUCUUGUGACUACCAACUCGUUGCGACCACCCAAGUGCUUGCCACCGCUUCGUGACUGCUGUCUUCCGGCCGAGUGGAACGUGCCGUCAUUUCCACAGCAUCUGGACUGAAUGGUGGGCCAAAUACGGAUACAACGACCGUACGUUCUAUUCGGGGGGGGGGGGGGAAGGGAAACUGCAGCCUUGCUGUGGGGGGUUUCAUCUGGUGGAUUACCUUUAUUUAUUACCGGCCAACCCCAACCUCUCCGAACCCCAACCUCUCCGAACCCCAACCUCUCCGAACCCCAACCUCUCAGCUUCGCUGGGUCUGAUCAUGACUCUGAUGUAAUGUUGUGCUGGUGGGAUGGCAGUCUUUUGGCAGUCGAUCGGCUGCCCAGCUGCUUUGUGAGGACUUGUAUAAUAGUCUGGACGGGCCAGGGUUGUCGAGCGGGGAGAGAGCAGCAGAGCGAGCUCGUUAUCGUGUGAGGGGGAAGAGAGAGGAUGGGUCUCGUGGGAUAUCGUGCGAGGGAGUUGCGCUUAUUGCUUGUCACACUGUUGGGUACAUGCAGAGGGCGUUCUGGCGGCCGUAGCUGUUUACGAUCGACACCAGUGUUGGGGAUAUUGUGUGAGGGAGUUGCGCUUUUGCAGCAAGCUGUUUACGGCCGACACCACAGUUCAUUUAACUAAAAUUCUAUACUGAAAGGGGGGCAACAGGGAAGCCUGGUAAACAUGGCAGGUGGACGGGAAGGCAGUGGGGAGGGGCAAGGGAUAGAUGUUCCGACCCCUGAGAGGCCUAUUACCUGAGCAGGCACUGCCUACGCUGCCCUACAGCAGUUCAUUGAACUCCUUCCAGGACUAUUAAGGACAUUUACAAUAGGGCGUUUUUUGGAAUGAAUCGGGUUGUUAUUGUUGUUGUAUACAUCCCAUGGAGCCUGAUGGAGGUCUGCUGCUACCAUCCGAUCCGAUAUCUGUCUGCGUAUGCAGCCAGAUGUGGAUAGCGUCCUCAAUCUCCUUUGCAUUGCUUCAAGGAUGGGAGUCUGCAUGCCGCACAACACUGUC